AUGGUUAAGUUGACCAUGGCCUGUCUGACUGGAAUUGGAUACGACGUCUUGGGUCAGGUUGAGACCACAUCUAGCUAUCAGUACCCUCCUCCCAGCUCUUACCGGAUACGGCGCGUCUUCAUUCAUGAAAGUGCUAUUUCCAUCGCUGUCAGUCGUGGGAUACGUGAUUCGUCUGGACUGGAGCUUUGCUUCAAGGUCCCGACUCUUUGGCCGGCGUCUUCCUGA